UCUCCAAUGCCUCCCCUUCUCUUAUUUGUCCUCUCCAUCCUCUUUCUCUUCACGUACUCCUACUCCUCCUCAGAACCCAUUCCAUUUCGUUCUGAAUUGGAAAUCAAUCUUCUCUUUGAGGGUUGGUUAGUGAAACACAACAAGACUUACAAAGAAAACUCAUUUGAGAAAGCUAAGAGGUAUGACAUCUUCAAAGAUAAUCUUAGGUACAUUGAUGAACAUAAUAGCGGAAACCACACUUUCACUCUCUUCCUCAAUGUGUUUGCUGAUCUCACUGUUGAGGAGUAUAGAGACACUUAUUUGGGCAGUUUACCACCUCUUCCCAAAGAGACUGUGGGCAUUGAGAGUGAUAGUUAUAAUGAUGACUUCAGUGAGUUUAUCAGUGAUGAUGAUUUACCAAACUCCACAGAUUGGAGAGACUCAGGGGCAGUCACUACAGUCAAACAUCAAGGCGCUUGUUUUUGUUGUUGGGCUUUCGCGGCUGUUGCAGCAGUAGAAGGCAUAAAUCAAAUUGUCACAGGAGAGCUGAUAUCUCUAUCAGUACAGCAAAUAGUAGAUUGUCAAGCCAAAAGUUGCAGCAAAGGUUACGUUGAUGAAGCUUAUAAAUAUAUAAGAAGAAACGGUGGCAUUGACAGUGAGAUCGACUACCCAUAUAAUGGAACCUAUGAACAAUGUGAUAAAGAAAAGGCAGAUAAAAAAGUUGUGACAAUUGAUACUUAUCAAAGCCUUACUGAAAGCAAUGAAAAGAGAUUAAAGAUGGGAGUUGCUAAGCAACCUGUUGCAGUGCUUAUUGAAGCCUAUGAACGAGCUUUUCAGUUAUAUGGGGAGGGAAUAUUUACGGCACAUUGUGGGACAAAAGUUGAUCAUGCUGUUACUAUAAUAGGUUAUGGUACUCAGGGUGAUCAAGAUUAUUGGAUCAUUAAGAAUUGUUGGGGUGACUUUUGGGGAGAGGCUGGAUAUAUGAGAAUAGAGCGUAAUACUGAAUCAACGAAGGGUAAGUGUGGCCUUGCCCAGUGGCCGCAAAUCCCCGUAAAAAGAAAACAUACGGCAACCAGCUUGGAAUGAGGGCAUGAGUGAGCACUCCGGCAACUUUAUCCUUAAUUGGUGUGCUUCUGCAAUUGAUGAGCUUAAAUAAAUAUAGUGGUUAUCAAUAAUGUUUAAUGCUUAUAAUCAUUUGAACACUCCUAUGUAAAAGAUAUUGUUGCGUUUGAUCAGUGUUUAAUUAAGAUAA